AUGGAGUACAGAGGAGAAGAGGGACGACCCCGAUUGGAGGUUGGCUUGCGUGAUAUUCCGAACGGUCCUCUCUCCCAAAAAACUCGACCACCUUCGUCGUCGUCCUCCAUGGUCACAAGAACGGUCCUUAGCCGUGCGCUCAGGAGCGCAACGCGCAGCCCGCGAGCUCUGCGCGGCUUUGCGACAGCACACAAUGCCUACCCCAUUACUGAAAUCUCCACACUUCCCAACGGCCUGACUGUCGCCACAGAGUCCCACCCACAUGCUCAGACAGCCACCGUUGGUGUCUGGAUCGACGCCGGCAGUCGUGCAGAGACCGACAAGACGAACGGGACAGCUCACUUUCUGGAGCACAUGGCGUUCAAGGGAACCAACCGCCGGUCCCAACACGCGCUGGAGCUCGAGGUUGAGAACCUCGGUGCCCACCUGAACGCAUAUACCUCGCGUGAGCAGACCGUGUACUAUGCUAAGAGCUUCAGGAAGGACGUCCCCGUGGCGGUGGACAUCAUCAGCGACAUUCUGCAAAACUCUAAACUGGAGACGUCGGCGAUCGAGCGGGAGCGGGAUGUCAUUCUGAGGGAGCAGCAGGAGGUUGACAAGCAGCUAGAAGAGGUCGUCUUCGACCACCUGCAUGCCGUUGCUUUUCAAGGGCAACCUCUGGGACGCACCAUCCUUGGCCCAAAGGAAAACAUUCUGUCAAUAAAGCAGGAUGAUCUUUCUUCCUACAUCAAAACCAACUACACCGCCGACAGAAUGGUGCUCGUUGGGGCCGGUGGAGUGACACACAGCGAGCUCGUCAAGCUCGCAGAGAAGAACUUCUCUUCCCUCCCCGUCUCCUCCAACCCUAUUCCCCUCGGUCGCCUCUCCCACCCGAAGACUGCUUUCAUUGGUUCGGAAGUUCGCAUUCGCGACGACGACUUACCCACCGCCAACAUCGCCAUCGCCGUCGAGGGUGUCGGCUGGAGCUCGCCCGACUACUUCCCGAUGAUGGUCAUGCAGAGCAUCUUCGGCAACUGGGACCGUAGCCUCGGCAGCGCUUCCCUGACCUCUUCCCGCCUCUCGCACAUCAUCUCCGAGAACAACCUUGCCAACUCAUUCAUGUCCUUCUCGACCUCCUACUCGGACACCGGCCUGUGGGGUAUCUACUUGGUGUCGGAGAACCUGAUGAACUUGGACGACCUGACGCAUUUCACGCUGAGGGAAUGGACGCGCAUGAGCAUUGCGCCUACGAUUUCAGAGGUCGAGAGGGCCAAGAGCCAGCUCAAGGCUGGUCUGCUUCUCGGACUUGACGGGACCACUGCCAUCGCCGAGGACAUUGGCCGUCAGCUCGUCACCAGCGGCAGGAGGUUCACCCCCCAGCAGAUCGAGAGCGCCGUCGACGCUGUCACUGUCGAUGAGAUCAAGCGGGUCGCCCAGAAGUAUCUGUGGGAUAAGGACUUCGCUCUUGCCGGUGUUGGAAGUAUUGAGGGUCUCCUGGAUUACAACCGCAUUCGUACGGACAUGUCGUCCAUGAUUUAUUGA